CUCAACGCAAUGUCAUUAAAAUAUUUCUACGAUUUAAUGUCACAGCCCUCGAGGGCUUUGUAUAUUAUUCUAAAAAUGAGUGGUGUACAAUUUGAAGAUUGUCCGGUAGCUUUAAGGAAUGGUGAACACUUGACGGAGGAUUUCAAAAUAAACAUUAAUCGUUUCCAGAAAGUGCCAUGCAUAAUUGAUGAUGGUUUUAAAUUGGCCGAGAGUAUUGCUGUAUUAAGAUACCUCAGUGCCAAGGGGAAAAUUCCCGAAUAUUUAUAUCCGAAAUAUUUUGUAGAACAGGCACGCGUUGAUGAAUUCUUGGAAUGGCAACAUAUAACAUUACGUAUUACAUGUGCACUAUAUUUCCGUACCGUUUGGUUGGAUCCCUUGUUGACCGGUGAAAAGCCAUCAGCUAAAAAAGUGGAAAAUUUAAAAUCCCAUAUGGAAAUGAAUUUGGCGAUUAUUGAAAAUGUGUGGCUGGAAUCGACCGAUUUUUUGUGUGGUAAUCAAAUGACGGUGGCUGAUAUUUUUGCAGCCUGUGAAAUUGAACAGACACGUAUGGCUGAUUAUGAUGUACGCAUUAAACAUCCCAAAAUUAGAGCUUGGUUGAAGCGUGUUCGUGCCGCCUGCAAUCCUCAUUAUGAUCAUGCCCAUCAAUAUGUUUACAAGAUUUCGGGUACAGCACCAAAUUCGAAAUUAUAA